UUGAUGUUGCAAAAUACGGAGAAGACUGUGAUGGCUUCAGUACAGGUAAACCUGCUCUUUCUUGCUUGUGCCGUCGUACUUCUGUAUGUAAGUGUUUCCCCGGUGGAAGCCGUACCAGCCCACUGUGAUAAUAAGUUCAUCACAAGAUACCACUACCAUACUAAUCAGUACUACACGGUAUACUACUCCACCUAUUACAGACGAUACUACCCUACCGAUAAUGGAUGCUGUGAAAAUGAAGUUCCAACGUGUAGAGAAACCAAUAUACAAACCUUUUAUAUCGAGACGCAUUAUUACGGCAAGAGAGACUUGUCUGCUAGAGAAGUGAGAAAUAAUAGAAGCUGAAUAUGGCUGUUGAACAAUUAUUUUUCUUAAAAUAAAACGCAUUUAUCAAACAAA